CCGUUUGACGUUUGCUACUUCUUGCAUUCCUUUUCAAUUUGAAAACAGUUUCUCGUCGAGGUGGACGUGUCGCGUGUGUUAAAGAAACCUUGAACAAAUCACAAAAGGAAACUGAAACUUCAGCAAUAUGGAUUGUGGAACGUCUAUGGUUAAAUAUAUACUCUUUAUAUUCAAUACGAUCGUGUCGAUUGUUGGCAUAUUAGGUGUUGUCUAUGGCGUAUUGAUUCUGAAGACCAUUGGCACCAUCGAGGUGAAUGGACAGGUCGGCUUCCCCCCACAGGCAAUACUGCCAAUUGGACUGAUCACUCUUGGCUCGAUCGUGUUGUUCAUCUCAUUCUUGGGAUGUUGUGGAGCUAUUCGUGAAUCCGUUUGCAUGACUAUGAGCUAUGCUGUCUGCUUGUUGGUCCUUCUUAUUCUGCAGCUGACACUUAUUGUGCUUUUGUUCACCAAUAAGGAGAACUACGAUCAAGCCAUGGGCAAUGUUAUCGAUAAGGCCUGGGAGAAUCGCGAUAAGGGUGAAGGCGGUGUCUUUGAUAACAUUCAGCGUUCGCUCAAGUGCUGUGGUCGCAAUGGUGCCAUAGAUUAUCCAUUCGCUUUCCAAGGACUGCCCGCUAGCUGUUGUGAAGGUUCCUGCAUCAACGUUUCCAACAUCUACGGCGGAUGCCGUGACAAGUUUAUUUCUCUUGUGUCCGGUGAUACUGAUAAGUCGAAAUAUUUCGGUCUUGGCCUGAUUGGUGUUGAGCUGGUUGGUUUCAUCUUUGCCUGUUGCUUGGCCAACAAUAUUCGCAAUUACAAGCGACGCAAUGGUGUCUACUAAACAAAUGCCAUGACACAUAAAAUCGCAUAAACAACACGCACACAACUUCACACACAUACACACAAUAAAACAAAACAUUCGCAUUAAUUUUUAUAAUAUGUAUUGUCGUAGAACGCACAUAACGAAAAUAAUUAAAGUAAACCAUUUGGUUGCAAAAAUGAACAUUUAAGUUAUUCGUAUAAAACACAAUUUUUCAAACGAAUGAAAAUGAAAAGCAAAGAAACAUGAAAAACGAAAAAUACUUAGUAUAAGUCGCUUAAAUGCUUUUCAAUUAUUGUUUUUGUAUUUUAUUGCUUUUAAAACUUACUCACGCGAUAAUAAAAUGAAUCCAAAGUCGUUGUACAAAGCUAAAAACAAAACCAAUAGACAGACACUGUUACAAUAAACUUACAACUUGAUAAGCGCAAUCUUAAUGUUACACUUACACUUAUUUUGUUGUAUAAGAUAUUAAAAGCAGAGUAUGUAAAUGCUAAUUUUUACCUGUUGAAAACGAAAUGAUAUAUGUAAACAAGUGUCUAAAUGAAAAAUAAUAAUAUAUAUAUUCAGAUAUAUAAAGAUACAUAAACAUGAUGUAUACAUAGAAAGCUGUUCAUCAAUAUAAUUGUAAAUUGGAAUCUCUUGAAGUUUUAACAAUUUAAUAAUGUAAAACCAAACUCGAAUUGAAGACAACGUGGAUGAAUAAAGCAUUUAAAACGUA